AUGACUGACUUCAUUGUGGAGAAAAUGGAGGAAGAUAACGUGGAACCGUCAGAUGCUUCUGAAGAUCAGAUGACCAAUCAGAAGAGUGACUCAAAAGGUGAACGGUCCGUCGUUCUUCUUGGAACCAAGCACAAGGAUGUUUUCUUCAAGCAGCUCUGCAAUGCCGCUGAAAAGUACGAGCGUCACGUUCAUUACCAAGAUGUUCACUAUCUCACCGUAGAUCACAUGGGCACUGAACAAGUCAUUGAGGUUUCGGAUCCCGGAUUGGGGCGUACAGGAGGACGCGAAAUGGCGCUUCGUGUUGCUGACUAUGUCAUCCUUUACUAUUCAUCAAUGUCGAUUGAAUCGCUGCAAGCAAUCCAGAAACUCAGCAGUUCGCUUCAAGUCCGCAAAAAUAUGCCAAUUCUCAUUCUUUGCGAUUCUGACGAAAUUUUGAUGAAUGAUGAGACAAGCUCGGCGAAUACCAGUUCGACAUCUGAAGGUUACGAAUCCGAUGAACGCGAGGGAAUGAAGAGACAUUUCUCGAUGGAGCAGAUUCGCAAAUCUUUGGAUGACACUCAUUUAGCCAUUGAUCAGGGAGAGAAAUUGGCGGAGGAGCUUGGAUCAAAAUCAUCCUAUAUGAAGAUAAGCUCAUCAAACUUGGAUGAUGCAAGAAAAGUGCUCACGCAUAUUGUUUUGUCCUUGAACAAGUCGGCACCGCAGAGGGGCCGCAGAAAGUCUCUAAUCAAAGAUAUUCUGAGAAGCUCGAAGAAUAAGGAAUCAUUGGAGCCAUCGAGCAUCCAAUCAGACAAUAAUAAGAAAAGGAAAUCAGUCGACGAAUCCAAAGUCUGCAUCAUCAUGUAA